UCAAGAAUGUGUUCGGCUCCGGGUUCCUGGUCCGGACCGCUCAUGUGGUUCUGACAUGGGUCACCACGUUGAUCCUCUUCCUCCAUGACACAGGUGAGUCUGUUACUCCUCUUCCUCCAUGACACAGGUGAGUCUGUUACUCCUCUUCCUCCAUGACACAGGUGAGUCUGUUACUCCUCUUCCUCCAUGACACAGGUGAGUCUGUUACUCCUCUUCCUCCAUGACACAGGUGAGUCUGUUACUCCUCUUCCUCCAUGACACAGGUGAGUCUGUUACUCCUCUUCCUCCAUCACACAGGUGAGUCUGUUACUCCUCUUCCUCCAUGACACAGGUGAGUCUGUUACUCCUCUUCCUCCAUCACACAGGUGAGUCUGUUACUCCUCUUCCUCCAUGACACAGGUGAGUCUGUUACUCCUCUUCCUCCAUGACACAGGUGAGUCUGUUACUCCUCUUCCUCCAUCACACAGGUGAGUCUGUUACUCCUCUUCCUCCAUGACACAGGUGAGUCUGUUACUCCUCUUCCUCCAUCACACAGGUGAGUCUGUUACUCCUCUUCCUCCAUGACACAGGUGAGUCUGUUACUCCUCUUCCUCCAUGACACAGGUGAGUCUGUUACUCCUCUUCCUCCAUGACACAGUGCUGAGGAAGCAGGAGCAGUCGGGUCAGCUGGUCCAGCCCGUGCUCUUCGUGCUGCUGGUUCUGGUGUCGGUGCUGCUCUACUUCUCCGUGUCUCUGAUGGACCCGGGCUUCAUCCUGUGUGACACCGGGGACCUGCAGUUCACUCUAGGAGUCACAGAGGACCAUCAGGACCUGAUCCAGGACCUGAUCCCACCCAGCACCAAGCCCCUGAGGCAGCGGCGCUGUGGCCACUGCCUGCUGCAGCAGCCAAUGAGGUCGAAGCACUGCCAGACGUGUCGGCACUGCGUGCGGCGCUACGACCACCACUGCCCCUGGAUCGAGAACUGCGUGGGCGAGAGGAACCACCGCUGGUUCCUGUUGUACUUGGCGGUCCAGCUGCUGGUGCUGCUGUGGGGGCUGCACAUCGCCUGGACCGGCUUGGGCUCCGCCCCCGGCUGGGCGCCGUGGCUGCGGGCCAUCGGCGUGCUGCUGGCCGUGCUGCUGCUGCUGCUGCUGCUGGCGCUGGUGGUGCUGCUGCUGCUGGGCUCCCACCUGUACCUGGUGUCCCUCAACACCACCACCUGGGAGUUCAUGGCCCACCACCGCAUCUCCUACCUGAAGCACUGCGGCGCCGACGAGAACCCCUUCGACCGCGGCAGCGUCCACAACCUGUGGGGCUUCUUCUGCGUGUGGGGCACCGUGGUCUGGGAGCAGGUCUACUUCAGGGAGGGCAGCAACCCGGUCUAGGGUCUAGGAUCCAGGGUCUAGGGUCCAGGGUCUAGGGUCCAGGACUCCAUGACAGACACAGAAGCAGCCUCUCGGGAUCAGACUCAGGGAGGGCGGAGCCUCACCUCCUGUUCCUCAGCAGGGGGCCAGCUCAGACCUUCAGGAGCGUCUCCAGUCUGAUGAAGCUGGGGGGCUCACCUGACCCUCUUCUGACCCUCACCUGACCCUCUUCUGACCCUCACCUGACCCUCACCUACGCACUCAGUUCACUUUAUUUUCUAGAGCCCAGAAUCACAAACUCCCCUCAGAGCUUUACCGUCUCUACACAGACGACAUCCCUGACCUUUGACCUCACAUCGGAUCAGGAACAACUCCAUCAGCAGGGCCAAAGAGGCCGGACCAAUAAGGCAGGAGGCACAGAAAAAGAGGCGGGGCCAAAGAGGCAGGAGGCACAGAAAAAGAGGCAGGGCCAUUGGGAAGGAGGCCAGGUCUAGACCAGAGGCUGGAAGCAGAACCCAGGACCAGGACCAGCAGGCCCAAUGGACCCUCUGAGAGGUGAAGUCACAAAGACUUGUUCACAAAGAGUUAAUAAUGUGUGAUGGAGAGAUGUAGAUGUAAGGAGAGAGGAGAGGAGCUCAGUGUAUCCUCAGCGUCCUUGAGGAGAGGAGAGAGGAGCUCAGUGUAUCCUAAACGUCCAUAAGGAGAGAGGAGAGAGAAGCUCAGUGUAUCCUAAGCGUCCAUAAGGAGAGAGGAGAGAGGAGCUCAGUGUAUCCUAAGCGUCCAUAAGGAGAGAGGAGAGAGGAGCUCAGUGUAUCCUAAGCGUCCAUAAGGAGAGAGGAGAGGAGCUCAGUGUAUCCUAAGCGUCCAUCAGGAGAGAGGAGAGAGGAGCUCAGUGUAUCCUAAGCGUCCAUAAGGAGAGAGGAGAGGAGCUCAGUGUAUCCUAAGCGUCCAUAAGGAGAGAGGAGCUCAGUGUAUCCUAAGCGUCCAUAAGGAGAGAGGAGCUCAGUGUCUCCUAAGCGUCCAUAAGGAGAGAGGAGAGGAGCUCAGUGUAUCCUAAGCGUCCCUAAGGAGAGAGGAGCUCAGUGUAUCCUAAGCGUCCUUAAGGAGAGAGGAGCUCAGUGUAUCCUAAGCGUCCAUAAGGAGAGAGAGGAGCUCAGUG